UGCAGUGCAGAGGGGGUGAUCUAUUAGUUAGGGCAAAAUAAGUUUACAAAUCAGAACUCACCAUAGUCUGUAACUUCAAUUAAAAUAUAUAUAUAUAUUAUUUUUACUACUUUUAGAUUGUAUUUUCUACGCAGCCAAGAUGACCACCGCAGUGGUUUCGCCUUUCUACGAUUUCAGCGAAGUAAUGAACAAGAAUGACAAGAUGCUGAAUUACAACAACAACUUACUGAGCGCCCCCCAUCAUCCGAUAUCCACCAACAUCCCCAUGUCUAUCACCAACCCCACCGGAGCCCUGCUGGAUAGGAAGGCUGUGGGGACCCCCUCGCUGGGCUGUGGGCUGUCAGUAUACAAGAGACGCCACUCUGUCACCCUCCCCAACCAUAACCCCAGCUCCAAGUUCAACCAGAACCAGUUCCUUAACAGCCUGAAGACCAUAGAACACUCCUCCUGCUCCAUCACCUCAGGGUUUAUUGGAAGUGGUAGCAGCAACAAGGAGAAUCGCAUGAGGGACCGCUCUUUCUCCGAGACGGGUGAGAGGCUCCUACAUCAGUGCCUGGGGCCUGCUAGUCCUACCAGCCUAGGAGCCCUGAGCCAGCAGCAGAGCCAGGUCAACUCCAGUCGCUACAAGACAGAGCUGUGCCGGCCGUUUGAGGAGAACGGAGCCUGUAAGUACGGCGACAAGUGUCAGUUCGCCCAUGGCUUCCACGAGCUGCGUUCUCUCAGCCGCCACCCUAAAUACAAAACCGAGCUGUGUCGUACCUUCCACACAAUCGGAUUCUGCCCCUACGGUCCUCGCUGUCACUUUAUCCACAACGCAGAGGAGCGCCGUGGACCCCCUCCCUCCCCCUCAUCCUGCUCCUCCUACUCUCCUCUCUCCUCCAAUAAGUUGGAGCGUCCUCGUCUGCAGCACAGCUACAGCUUCGCAGGGUUCCCCAGCUCUGGGGGUCUGAGAGGGGACAGCCCAACCUCCGUCACCCCUCCACCUAUGUUCUCUCCGGACGAGAUGCCUGAGUGGCCGAGCUCCAACCUCUUCACGUACUCCAGCCAGGAGCUGGCCAAUCUGUUCGGCCCCAGCCUUGGAUCCGGAGGCCACGUGGGGACUGAUCCCAAAGCCCCUGCACCCCCGUCCCAGAACAACACCCCCUACUUCUUCAGGCCCAUGUCGGAGUCCCCCACCCAGAUUUUUGCAUCUCCGUCCAGCCCGCCCCAGGACUCUCUGUCGGACCAGGAGGGGUACCAGAGCAGCUCGGGGGGCAGUCUCAGUGGGUCAGAAUCCCCCAGCCUGGAUGCCAACAGACGCCUCCCAAUCUUCAGCCGCCUCUCCGUCUCUGACGACUAGACGGAAGCUAUUUAAUGUAUCUUAUCCACGCCGCCCUUGAAAAAAGGACAGAAAGGUAUAAUGAAUGGGAAAUGGCACUCCCCUGUCCCCUCGACAACCAUCCCCUGACCCCUCUUCUCCACAAAUCAAUAUACAUUUAGUUCCUAGUUAGAAUAAGGAUACAGUGACUUGUUUUCAAAUCACCCCAGAAAUGUCUUCCUUGCUGUUACCCGCCUCCUAACUCCCCUCCCUUCACAGACCCUACCAUGUCUUCAGUCAAAACGCGAGAGGAAACGAGUGAACAAUGAGAAUGUUAGACUUUUGUUGUUUUGCCAGGUGCCACCUGUGAUUUUGUUCCUGAACGUGUAGCAGUGCAAGUGUAUCAUUGCACCACAAACCACCCCAUCCUGUUGUUGGUCACUGGCAGUUGUGUUUCUGGAAAGGAAGGAUGAGGGACGUCUUUAUUGUCUAACUGGUUAUUAAACCUUUAAGACUGUUUGUAUUAUUAGUUUUGUCCCGCCCCCUCCCUCUCCACCCCACCGCCCUCUGUGUUGUCCCGCCCCCUCCCUCUCCACCCCACCGCCCUCUGUGUUGUCCCGCCCCCUCCCUCUCCACCCCACCGCCCUCUGUGUUGUCCCGCCCCCUCCCUCUCCACCCCACCGCCCUCUGUGUUGUCCCGCCCCCUCCCUCUCCACCCCACCGCCCUCUGUGUUGUCCCGCCCCCUCCCUCUCCACCCCACCGCCCUCUGUGUUGUCCCGCCCCCUCCCUCUCCACCCCACCGCCCUCUGUGUUGUCCCGCCCCCUCCCUCUCCACCCCACCGCCCUCUGUGUUGUUCCGCAGACAGCGGGGAAUUCCAGCAUUCCCAUGGUGCACUUCUUCUAUACUUCCUGCAACUUGAGAUGGGAUCUCUAAGCUAUCCUAGUUUUCCUCUUCCCCUUACAAUCAUAAUCUGGCUUUGAGGAGUAGUCUGAUGUUAUGACAUCUCUCUGCUUCUUUCUCUAGGUUUUGAUUAUUUUUAUUGUUAUUAUGAUUAUUUGUUUGAAAACUUUCCAAACAGUUUUUGCUUAUCACUGCAUAUUUAACUUAUCGAAACAUAUUUAUUGGUGAUCAUAUGCAUUUUUUUGUUAAUUUUGUUUUUGUAUUUAUCUGGAUAAUGAACAAUAGAAUAUAUUUUCUUUAUGUUAAAUUAUGAUCUUCGGUAUUAAUCUAAAGAUUGUGAAGACAUUUUGUCAAUUUCUUUUUUCACAGUUUAAUAUAUUGUAUUACAAUGACUUUUGUUUGCAUCUACACAUUGUCAAAAUGAGACUUAAUUUAAAACAAAAAAAUGCAGAAAAAAAAGUUGAUUUAUUUAUUUGUAUACAUUUCUCUGUUCUCCCUGUUAUUGGACUGCAAUUCUAGCAAAAAUAAUUGCCACAUUCUCAAUCCGGAGCUGUCCUGUGCUCACUCUUUUUUUUAUGUUUUCUCUGACAGUAACAGUACUUUAAUGUUAUUACCUUUUUGCUGUUGUAUUCUUUGAGAUUAGGCCAACUUGGUACCAUAUGUAGACCAAACAGGAUUAUUUCAUAAAUAUGACUCAUAUCUAAAACUAAGAGGUGCAACACGUGAUGAGUAUCACCAUGUUCACUUGGACAUCCCGAUUCAGUGUGUGAAGUUUUGGGUUUAUAGUUAUGUGAAGGUCUCAGUUAAUGUAAUACAAGUAACCAGGGAUUUAGAGGAAAAGACUCCCUUUUAUUACAAGCAAAAGCUGUGACCAAAUGGUUUGAGGAGAAGUUGUCUUGUUUUUUGCACUUGCAUGGCCCCAGCUGUUAAAGUGCCUACUUUUGAAUACAUUCCAGGUAGCUAACUAAGGCCUUUUCUAUUAAACGAUGGAAGAUGAUGGUGAAAUAGUUUUUAAAUUCCUUGUUCCAUGUUUCCUUGAAGUUUUGAAUGAUGUUAAACAGGAUUACUGAAAGUAAACGAAAGUUAACUGAAAGUCAAACUGUUGAAUGUAUUUUUCCAGCCAUGGUUUUUCACUAGUCAUUUCUCUGAGUUGAUAUAAAACUGAUUUCUUUUUGUAACUAUUGAUUGCAGUUAAAACCAAUAAACCCUGUAUUUUUCAAACAA